AUGCUGCGUGGUCCGGACAUGCUGAAGAACCGCUGUUGCGUCCUAUUCGGUGACCUGAAGGUGCUGUUACUCCGGCCACCAGCUCCGGUAACGAUACCGAUCCCCAUGACCGGACACAUACCGGACAGCCGUGAGACCGGGGUCCCUUCAGACGUCAGUAUACCGGACAACGACACGUUAAGGGCUCAUCAGGGGCCGGGGGACAAAUGGACUGCCCCGGCACCGGGGGGCGCCAGCGGGCUGGAGAGAGACAGACCAGGCUGGGUGGAUGCCACAGCGGCAGAGCCGUCGGGGAUAUUACACUGCAGCAGCUCCUCUAAGGACAGGCUGGAACAGAGGUUCUCCUUGUGCAGUUAUGGUGACAGCGGCGGAAUCCGGUCACCUGUCUGCAGGAUCUGCUUCCAGGGACCUGAAACGGUGAUAUUGAAUAAAGAGCCUUAACCCAACACUGUUAGGGGGAUGUGGCUUUGUUUUGCUGUUAUGAUCCGAGUACUCAGGUGGCGUCGCCCAAGAGCCAGGGUAGGGUUGGUGUCAGAAUCAUGUGGCUGAGGAGCUUUUAAUCUCAGUAAAGGCUACUUCUUCUAGAAGGUAUGACAUCAGAAUAAAUGGCCCUUAGACUUCCUUUGGGUAAUAAUCCUACACUGCUCCAGGACCCUCAGAAUGGCUCACCUGCAGCCCGCCUCCAUCUGUAGGGCAUGCAUGGAGAGAGCCCUACAUCAGUGGGUGCAGUGGUCUCUGGGUAGACAGGGGUCACCACGUCAGUGGUCUCUGGGUAGACAGGGGUCACCACGUCAGUGGCCUCUGGGUAGACAGGGGUCACCACGUCAGUGGUCUCUGGGUAGACAGGGGUCACUAUGUCAGUGGUCUCUGGGUAGACAGGGGUCACCACGUCAGUGGUCUCUGGGUAGACAGGGGUCACUACGUCAGUGGUCUCUGGGUAGACAGGGGUCACCACGUCAGUGGUCUCUGGGUAGACAGGGGUCACUAUGUCAGUGGUCUCUGGGUAGACAGGGGUCACUAUGUCAGUGGCCUCUGGGUAGACAGGGGUCACCACGUCAGUGGCCUCUGGGUAGACAGGGGUCACCACGUCAGUGGUCUCUGGGUAGACAGGGGACACUACGUCAGUGGCCUCUGGGUAGACAGGGGUCACCACGUCAGUGGUCUCUGGGUAGACAGGGGACACUACGUCAGUGGUCUCUGGGUAGACAGGGGUCACCACGUCAGUGGUCUCUGGGUAGACAGGGGUCACCACGUCAGUGGCCUCUGGGUAGACAGGGGUCACCACGUCAGUGGCCUCUGGGUAGACAGGGGUCACCACGUCAGUGGCCUCUGGGUAGACAGGGGACACUACGUCAGUGGUCUCUGGGUAGACAGGGGUCACUAUGUCAGUGGUCUCUGGGUAGACAGGGGUCACUACGUCAGUGGUCUCUGGGUAGAUAAACCCUCUGUCCCUCUGGUUGAUUAAUAGGAGACAAACAGGACUCCCAAAACAGACUACGUUACGUUGAUUGUGAACACAAAACAUAGACGCAAUUACAUGCAUGAGAAAUCUAAUAAUGCUUUUCACUCUGUUUCCCACUCAUUCACACACUGCCUGAAAGCGUAGAGAACACUGUGAAGAUGUACUGUAGCCUAUACUCUCCCAUCAUUAGGCAUGCUCUUGUCUGACCAGUCUUUGAGACGGUCUCUACACUAUUCAGGAGGAACAUGAGAGAAGAUAAUGAAGAUUAAGAGAGCGCAGAAGCCACAUUGCCUCAAACUCAUCAUGUAAUGCAAACUGGCUCCCUUGUUUUUCACAAGAUCUCCAAUAACUUCCAUUUGAAAGGACAUCCAUUCUUGUCUUUAGUAAUCAGAUUGUCCUCUUAACUCAGCCAGUUGUCUUUAGUUAUCAGAUUGUCCUCUUAACUCAGCCAGUUGUCUAUAGUUAUCAGAUUGUCCUCUUAACUCAGCCAGUUGUCUUUAGUUAUCAGAUUGUCCUCUUAACUCAGCCAGUUGUCUAUAGUUAUCAGAUUGUCCUCUUAACUCAGCCAGUUGUCUUUAGUAAUCAGAUUGUCCUCUUAACUCAGCCAGUUGUCUUUAGUUAUCAGAUUGUCCUCUUAACUCAGCCAGUUGUCUUUAGUUAUCAGAUUGUCCUCUUAACUCAGCCAGUUGUCUUUAGUUAUCAGAUUGUCCUCUUAACUCAGCCAGUUUGUCUUUAGUUAUCAGAUUGUCCUCUUAACUCAGCCAGUUGUCUUUAGUUAUCAGAUUGUCCUCUUAACUCAGCCAGUUGUCUUUAGUUAUCAGAUUGUCCUCUUAACUCAGCCAGUUGUCUUUAGUUAUCAGACGGUCCUCUUAACUCAGCCCAGUUGUCUUUAGUUAUCAGAUUGUCCUCUUAACUCAGCCAGUUGUCUUUAGUUAUCAGAUUGUCCUCUUAACUCAGCCAGUUGUCUUUAGUUAUCAGAUUGUCCUCUUAACUCAGCCAGUUGUCUUUAGUUAUCAGAUUGUCCUCUUGUUGCUCAUUGUUUUCUUCUUCCUCCUGCAGUCAAUAUCUUGUGACUAUGAAGUAUGCUUAUGUUUUAUAAUUCAACUGAAGGUGUCCAUGUUUGGGGCUGUUGGUGUACCUGAAGGCACUUUAUAAAGCAACUCAAUGUUUCCAUGAUGGUUUAAAGAUUUAGAGGUUUAAAGGUUUGGAGGUUUAAAUGCUUAGAGGCUUAGAAGUUUAAAGCUUUAGAGGUUUAGAGGUUUAAACGCUUAGAGAUUUAGAGGUUUAGAGUUUUAAAGGUUUAGAAGUUUAAAGAUUUAGAGGUUUAACGUUUUAGAGAAUUAGAGGUUAGAGUUUUAAAGGUUUAAAAGUUUAGAGGUAGAAAGGUUUAGAAGGUUAGAGGUUUAGAGUGGUAGAGGUUUAGAGCGGUAGAGGUUUAGAGCGGUAGAGGUUUAGAACGGUAGAGGUUUAGAGCGGUAGGUUUGAGCGGUGAGGUUUAGAGCGGUAGAGGUUAGAGGUAGGUUAGAGCGGUAGAGGUUUAGAGCGGUAGAGGUUUAGAACGGUAGAGGUUUAGAGCGGUAGAGGUUUAGAGCGGUAGAGGUUUAGAGCGGUAGAGGCUUUAGAGCGGUAGAGGUUUAGAGCGGUAGAGGUUUAGAGCGGUAGAGGUUUAGACGGUAGAGGGUAGAGUUUAGAGCGGUAGAGGUUGUAGAGCUGUAGAGGUUUAGAGCGGUAGAGUUUAGAAGGUAGAGGUUAGAGGGUAGGUUUUAGAGCGGUAGAGGUUUAGAGCGGUUAGAGGUUUGGUUAGAGCGGUAGAGGUUUAGAGCGGUUAGAGGUUUAGAGCGGUAGAGGUUUAGAGCGGUAGAGGUUUAGAGCGGUAGAGGUUUAGAAGGUUAGAGGUUUAGAGCGGUAGAGGUUUAGAGCGGUAGAGGUUUAGAGCGGUAGAGGUUUAGAGCGGUAGAGGUUUAGAGCGGUAGAGGUUUAGAGCGGUAGAGGUUUAGAGCGGUAGAGGUUUAGAGCGGUAGUUUAAGUAGGGUUUAGAGCGUAAGGUUUAAGUAGGUUUAGAGCGGUAGAGGUUUAGAGCGGUAGAGGUUUAGAGCGGUAGAGGUUUAGAGCGGUAGAGGUUUAGAGCGGUAGAGGUUUAGAGCGGUAGAGGUUUAGAGCGGUAGAGGUUUAGAGCGGUAGAGGUUUAGAGCGGUAGAGGUUUAGAGCGGUAGAGGUUUAGAGCGGUAGAGGUUUAGAAGGUUAGAGGUUUAGAGCGGUAGAGGUUUAGAGCGGUAGAGGUUUAGAGCGGUAGAGGUUUAGAGCGGUAGAGGUUUAGAGCGGUAGAGGUUUAGAGCGGUAGAGGUUUAGAGCGGUAGAGGUUUAGAGCGGUAGAGGUUUAGAAGGUUAGAGGUUUAGAGCGGUAGAGGUUAGACGGUUAGAGGUUUAGAGCGGAGGUUAGAGGGUAGAUAGAGGUUUAGAGUGUUAGAGGUUUUAGAGUCGAGAGGUUGUGUAGAAGAGGUAGAGGUUUAGACGAGAGGUUGAGGGAGGGUUUAGAGCGGUAGAGGUUAGACGGGUAGAGGUUAGAGCGGUAGAGGUUUAGAGGUAGAGGUUUAGAGCGGUUGAGGUAUGAGUUUAGAGCGUAUAGAGGUUUAGAGACGGGUAGUUAGAGGUUUUAGAGGUGUGAGGUAGAAGGUAGAGGUUUAGAGCUGGUAGUAGACGAGGUUGAGACGGUAGAGUUGAGAACGGUAGAGUAUGUUAGAUGACUGGGAGUGUUAUGAGCGGUAGGUUUGAACGGAGAGGUAGAGGGAUAGAGUUUGAGCGGGGUUGAGGUUUGACGGUUAGAGGUUUAGAGGUAGAGUUGAGGGUAGAGAUGUUAGACGGGUAGAGUUUGACGGUAGAGGUUUAGACGGUAGUAGGUUAGACGGUAGAGUAGAUGGAUUAUUAUGAUGGUUAUUUACUGAGUGACUGGGUUUGAUGUGUGACUGGAUGUGAUGAUGAUGUGAGUAUUGAUGUGAUACUGGGAUUGAUGAUGACUGGGAUAUGAAGUUAUUGACUGGUUUGAUGACUGGAUUGAUGUGAGACUGGGAUAUGAUGUGAUGACUGAGUAUUGAUGUGAUGACUGGGAUGUGAUGUGAUGACUGGGAGGUGAUGUGAUGACUGGAGUGUGAUGUGAUGACUGAGUAUUGAUGUGAUGACUGGGAUAUGAUGUGAUGACUGAGUAUUGAUGCGAUGACUGGUAUGUGAUGUGAUGACUGGGAUAUGAUGUGAUGACUGGGAUGUGAUGUGAUGACUGGGAUGUGAUGUGAUGACUGGGAUAUGAUGUGAUGACUGGGAUGUGAUGUGAUGACUGAGUAUUGAUGUGAUGACUGGGAUGUGAUGCGAUGACUGGGAUAUGAUGUGUUGACUUGGUUGUGAUGACUGGGAUGUGAUGUGAUGACUGGGAUAUGAUGUGAUGACUGAGUAUUGAUGUGAUGACUGGGAUGUGAUGUGAUGACUGGGAGGUGAUGUGAUGACUGGGAUGUGAUGACUGAGUAUUGAUGUGAUGACUGGGAUAUGAUGUGAUGACUGAGUAUUGAUGUGAUGACUGGGAUGUGAUGCGAUGACUGGGAAAUAUGAUGUGAUGACUGGGAUGUGAUGUGAUGACUGGUAUAUGAUGUGAUGACUGAGUAUUGAUGUGAUGACUGGGAUGUGAUGUGAUGACUGAGUAUUGAUGUGAUGACUGGGAUGUGAUGUGAUGACUGGGAGGUGAUGUGAUGACUGGGAUAUGAUGUGAUGACUGAGUAUUGAUGUGAUGACUGGGAUGUGAUGUGAUGACUGGGUUUUGAUGUGAUGACUGGGAUGUGAUGUGAUGACUGGGAUAUGAUGUGAUGACUGGGAGGUGAUGUGAUGACUGAGUAUUGAUGUGAUGACUGGGAUAUGAUGUGAUGACUGAGUAUUGAUGUGAUGACUGGGAUAUGAUGUGAUGACUGAGUAUUGAUGUGAUGACUGGGAUGUGAUGCGAUGACUGGGAUAUGAUGUGUUGACUUGGUUGUGAUGACUGGGAUGUGAUGUGAUGACUGGGAUGUGAUGUAAUGUCUGGGAUGUGAUGACUGGGAUAUGAUGUGUUGACUGGGAUGUGAUGUAAUGUCUGGGAUGUGUUGACUGGGAUGUGAUGUAAUGUCUGGGAUGUGAUGACUGGGAUAUGAUGUGAUGACUGGGAGGGAUGUGAUGACUGGGAUAUGAUGUGAUGACUGGGAGGUGAUGUAAUGUCUGGGAUGUGAUGACUGGGAGUGAUGUGAUGACUGGGAUAUGAUGUGUUGACUUGGUUGUGAUGACUGGGAGUGAUGUGAUGACUGGGAUGUGAUGUGUUGACUGGGUUGGAUGUGUUGACUGGCUCCAGGUCUUAGAUCUGAUUGGGUAGCUAUAUUGGCUGUGAUGUGUGUCACAACAGGCAGUCAGAGCCCUUCUGGAGAGGCCAGAGCUCUGCUCCUACUGUAAACACUCCUACACUACACAACCCUGCCAACAACCACCCACCCUGCCAACUCACACCCGCCCUGCCAACUACCACCCACCCUGCCAACUACCACCCACCCUGCCAACUCACACCCGCCCUGCCAACUACCACCGCCCUGCCAACUACCACCCGCCCUGCCAACUACCACCCGCCCUGCCAACUACCACCCGCCUUGCCAACUACCACCCGCCCUGCCAACUACCACCCACCCUGCCAACUACCACCCACCCUGCCAACUACCACCCGCCCUGCCAACUACCACCCGCCCUGCCAACUACCACCCACCCUGCCAACUACCACCCACCCUGCCAACUACCACCCGCCCUGCCAACUCCCACCCGCCCUGCCAACUCACACCCGCCCUGCCAACUACCACCCACCCUGCCAACUACCACCCCCCUGCCAACUCACACCGCCUGCCACUCCACCCCCAACUGCCACCACACCGCCCUGCCAACUACCACCCGCCCUGCCAACUCCACCCGCCCUGCCAACUCACACACCCCCCCUGCCAACUCACACCCGCCCUGCCACACUACCCACCCUGCCAACUACCCACCCUCCACUGCCAACACACCCAGCCCCCUCACCACCUACACACACCCCCCUACGCCUGCCAACUACACCCGCCCUGCCAACUACCACCCCCCGCCCUCCACACCUACCAACCCACCCUGCCAACUAACCACCUGCCACCCACCCGCCCUGCCCCAACUACCCCCCCCCCCCUGCCAACUCACACCCCCCUGCCAACUCACCCCCUCCACCCCUGCCACUACCACCCCCCUGCCAACUACCACCCACCCUGCCAACUACCACCCCCCUGCCAACUACCACCCGCCCUGCCAACUCACCACCCCCCUGCCAACUACCCACCCCUGCCAACUACCACCCACCCUGCCAACUACCACCCACCCCUGGCCAACUACCACCCACCCUGCCAACUACCACCCGCCCUGCAUCACCACACCUCAACUACCCCCUCCAACCACCCCUCACACACCCGCCCUGCCAACUCACACCCGCCCUGCCAACUACCACCCCCUGCACUACCACCCGCCCUGCCAACUACCACCCCCCCAUGCCAACUACCACCCCCCUGCCAACUACCACCCCCCUGCCAACUACCACCCGCCCUGCCAACUACCACCCCCCUGCCAACUCACCCACCCCCCUGCCAACCUACACCGCCCUGCAACUACCACCCGCCCUGCCAACUCACACCCGCCCUGCCAACUACCACCACCCCCGCCCUGCCAACCCACCCCCCCUCCACACUCACACCCCCUGCCUCACUGCCAACUACCACCCGCCCUGCCAACUACCACCACCACCCCCUGCCACACUACCACCCCCCUGCCAACUCCACCCCCCUGCCAACUACCACCCGCCCUGCCAACUCACCCCCACUCCCCGCCUCAACUACCACCCCCCUGCCAACUACCCCCCCCACUACACCCCCCUGCCAACUCACACCCGCCCUCCAACUACCACCCCCUGCCCUCCCACCUACCCAACUACACCCCCCUGCCAACUACCACCCACCUGCCAACUACCACCCCCCUGCCAACUCACACCCGCCCUGCCAACUACCACCCACCCUGCCAACUACCACACCCGCCUGCCAACUACCACCCACCCUCCACUACCACCCACCCCUGCCAACUACACCCCCCUGCCAACUACCACCCCCUCAACAUACCACCCCACCUGCCAACUACCACACCCCCUGCCAACUACCACCACCCUGCCAACUCCUGCCCUACACCCUGCCACUACUACCCACCCUGCCAAGCUCACACCCGCCCUGCCAACACUACAACCCACCCUUCCAACUACCACCACCAUGCACCACCCCCCUGCCAACUACCACCCACUGCCAAUACACCCACCCUGCCAAACUACCUACCCCACCCUGCCAACUACCCUACCCACCCUUGCCAACUACCACCCGCCCUGCAACUACCACCCCCGCCUGCAACUACCACCCACCCUGCAACUUACCACCCAACCCUGCCAACUACCACCCGCCAUGCCAACUACACCCACCCUGCCAAAAUACCACCCACCCUGCCAACUACCACCCACUCUGCCAACUACCACCCGCCCUGCCCAACUCACCACCCGCCCAUGCCAACUCCACACCCGCCCUGCCAACUCACACCCGCCCUGCCAACUCCACCACCGCCCUGCCAACUACCACCCCUCCUGCCAAAUCACACCCGCCCUGCCAACUCACACCCGACCUGCCAACUACCACCCGCCCUGCCAACACAUUCCUACCCAACACACUCCUGCUAACUCACUCAUACCCUACACAUACACGCACUCCUGCCAAGUCAGGUCACCCACGCCAACAUAUGUAACCUAUAAAAUCCUGCCUACCACAGGAGAUUGGUGACACCUUCAUUGGGGAGGACAGGCUCGUGGUAAUAACUGGAGCGGAAUCACUGGAAUGGUAUCAUAUACAUAAAACACACGUGUUUGAUGCCAUUCCAUUUGCUCAGUUCCGGACAUUAUUAUGAACCGUUCUCCCCUCAGCAACCUCCUGUCCUGCCUCUACAUUAUUAUCUGUAUUUCCUCUAUACUCUGUGACUGAGAUAUUAUGGGCCUUUGAUUUCAACUGCUUUGUAAUGUAUUCUGUCGCACAGGGGGAGCUGCUGAGCCCGUGUCGCUGCAGUGGGUCGGUCCGCUGUACCCACCAGCCCUGCCUCAUCAAGUGGAUCAGUGAGAGAGGAUCCUGGGCCUGUGAGCUCUGCUAUUACAAGUACCAGGUCAUCACCAUCAGCACCAAUAACCCACUACAGGUCAGCUACCAUGCAAGCAGUAAAAUCAGAUUUAAAAAAUUGAUCAAAAUACACCUUAUAGAACAGCGGGACUGUGAAGAGACACACACACAGGUACAGAUACACACACACACACACACACACACACACACACACACACACACAUGAUAACAUACACCCUAGACACAUGUACACAUGGAUUCUGUAGAUAUGUGGUAGUAGAGUGGUGGUCUGAGGGAACAUACUUAAUGUGUUGUGAAAUCUGUUGUGAAUGUAUUGUAAUGUUUUUAAAAUUGUAUAUAACUGGCUUAAUUUUGCUGGACCCCAGGAAGAGUAGCUGCUGCCUUGGCAGGAACUAAUGGGGAUCCAUAAUAAACCCCAGGAAGAGUAGCUGCUGCCUUGGCAGGAACUAAUGGGGAUCCAUAAUAAACCCCAGGAAGAGUAGCUGCUGCCUUGGCAGGAACUAAUGGGGAUCCAUAAUAAACCCAAUGGUGCAUUUGUGUUUACAGUAUCUCCCUCCCUCCCUCAGUGGCAGUCCAUCUCCCUGACGGGGAUAGAGAAGGUUCAGAUAGCUGCAGCGGUUCUGGGUUCUAUGUUCCUGGUGGCCAGUCUGUCCUGGCUGGUCUGGUCCUCCUUCAGCCCCUCGGCACGCUGGCAGAGACAUGACCUGCUCUUCCAGAUCUGCUACGGCAUGUAUGGAUUCAUGGACAUCGUCUGCUUCGGUGAGGCUGAGCCCCAUUCUAGUUUACAACCGUGGCUCACUGACAGUGAAUAAUAGUGUAUGGCAGUUGCUUAUAGUGAUAGACUAACUUAGUUUAUUCAGCUAGCUAAGACGCCACAGCCAGCUAGCAUGCCGGACUCCAACAACACAUUAUAGUGAAUGCUCUUCAGAUGUUCUCACUCCGAAAUCCCCUUACUGUAUGUGAGUGGAAUGCCAAAGACACUGAGAGAAUGAAUGACAGAAAUGAUUCAUUAUAAUUUGAUAAGUCUGUAUAGUUUUGCCUGCAGGUCUAAUGUGAGAAUACUUUAUCAUUAAAUAUACAUUUAGUUAAUCUGUCUUAGAGUCUCUAGCCUUUAAUCCAUUACUCCAGAGGAAGGCAACUCAGACGCCUCAGGAACGGCAGGAUGUUGUCCCCACUAGAACAGCUGAGCUGAUUGAUCAGUUCAGUGAUUGACUAAAUUCAACAUCCCUGGUCUUUCAGGUCAGUUCAAUCACAAACAUGAAGUGCCUGUGGCCCUCCAGGACCAGGGUUGUCUACCCCUGAUGUACUCUGUAGAGUCUUUCGUUUUAAACAUACUGUAACUUAUUCCCUUCUGCAGAUAAAUUCAUCCUCUGCUGGGUUUUAUAUACACUGAAUAGAGUCCCUGUUAGGGCUGGAGAGUGUGAGUCUGUAUAGUAGAUGUCCUGUACCUGUUAGGGCUGGAGAGUGUGAGUCUGUAUAGUAGAUGUCCUGUACCUGUGCCAGGAAACUGUGGAGUCAUUAACUCAGCUCUCUUUAGCUAUCGACCUAUACUGUCCCCUGGCAGACUGCAGACAUCAGGAAGAACACAGAGCUGAAUGCUGUUUAUCAGCAGACAUACGGCACAGUAAAUAAUGGACCGCUCAUCACUAGCUACACAAACCAUUUAUCACCUCACCUGCCAUGCUGCUAACUCAUAUUCUAUCUCUCUCUUGUAUUAUCACUGAGACACAAACAAGUAGCCUAGCAUUAUGGUUAUUCUGCAGACUCGAACCAGGAUCUCUAGUGGCACAGCUAGCACUGCGAUGCAGUGCCUUAGAACACUUUGCCACUCGGGAGGCCCCUGUUAAAUGUAAAAUCUGUAGGCAGGUAAAGACAAGUUGACUAAAAACAUAAUAGCGUCCUAUCAAAUACUGUUCAGGUUCACCACAGCAGCAUUUCCCACAGCAACGACCCAGCAUGGCAAAAACAGACAGUACAAUCACAGGCUCUCAGUGUUUUGGAUGGAUUACAAUGCUCCAACAUUCUUAUCUUUGGGGGGGUAAGAUUUUAUUUAUUUGGGUUUUUAGACUAUACAAACAUAGACAAAGACAAUAGAUAACUUAACAUUUCACAACCAUAGAUCCUCUAAACGACAUAGCGUUGUCUGGCCCGACCUUCGGCAUAAAGAAACACGAUAAAUAAGGACAACACCACCUCUGACGUACAGACAUUUCAACAAACGUUCAUGAUAUCAUGUUCCCAUCGCAUCCAUCCCCAUACUGUUUGUCUCUUCACAUUUUUUUCAAAUGUUUCAUCCUUUGGAUAUUUCUAGUAGUCAGGGGUUGGAACCAAAAAUAUUUUCCAAUCGUUUCAUUCCGUUCCACUGUUCCGACCACCAAAAUAAAGUUCUGAACCGGUUCCAACCAACAAAACAGUAACACUUUAUAUCAUUCCUUUCUGUUCCUUUUUAAAACUCUCAAAUAUAUAUAUAUAUUUUUUGCAUUUAGCUCGACAUUAAAUUGACUUCACCAAUCAGUGCGGAUAAAGCAGCUUGCUGCGGAGCGGGUAAGCGAGUUAAUCUGUAUAGGAAAUAGUAUUUUGCCGUAACAGCAUGGUUUAAUCAUAAUGAAAGACAAACACACUGUGCUGCCAGUCACAGUGUUGGGCGCAAGAUGCAGCUGACAUUUCGAGGGUGAGGAGAGAGCGAGAGAGUAUGGAGGAAGCUUGCCCUGAAGCUCUGGGCAUCUUGUUAUGACAUGCAUUAUCUGAAUUAGGCCCACAGAAUUAUACCUACAGGGGAGCGGCUUCUAUGGAGGAACUUUAAAUGUCUUUGAACUUCCGAGUUUUGUGUGCAGAGCAGCACUAGAAUUAAAAACACGUCUUACCUUUUUGUAGUUAAUAAAUCCAAUGUGAAAUGUGAGAACUACAGUAUCCUUAACUAGCAUUGAAAAAGUAAAUCCAUUCUUCUCUAAUUAAACAUCUCUCCAUAAUUUUCAGAAUUACUCUUGUAACGUCGUCAGUAGGCUACAGUAACCUAUGCUUCAGAGGGGAGGGGCAGCUGGCCGGCAGACGCAGUAACCGAAUGCUUCAAGGGAGGGGUACUGCCGCAGAAGCAAACCUAUGCUGCAGGGAGGGGCAGCUUGGCCGCAGAGCAGUACCAUCUUCAGAGUGGGAGGGGAGCUGCCGGAGAUGCAGAACCUUGCCCCUGAAGUGAGGGCGUGGCCAGCGUAGACUGCAGUAACCUAUGCUUCGAGGGGGCAGCUGGCCGGCAGCGCAGUAACCUAUGCUUCGAGGGGGAGGGCCUGGCCGGCAGACGCAUUAACCUAUGCUUCAGAGGGGAUGGGCAGUGCAGCAUACGAAGUAACAUGCUUCAAGGGGAGGGGCAGCUGGCCGGCAGACCA